AUGAGCCUCUCUCCCUCGCUGCAGACCCGGCAGGUCCAGGCUUCGUCCCGCAGCACCAUGUCUUGUGAAACCUCCGGGGACGCUGUGACGGAGCCUGAGAACUCUGAGGGUAAAGUGGUGAGGAGAGACUGCCUGUUUCGCUCUGUUUUGCGCAACCUCCUCUGGCCUUUCAGCGUCGUUCUAAGGGCCUUCCGCGGAAUUGUGUGGGCGCCUCAGCAGAAAAGCCUUUCCUGCCCCGUGACUCCCAGUCCGGCGCGUCACAGCCUCACCGGCUAUAAGCGCCUCUCCCGGUUCACCCGGCUGCUGCUGCGCGUCCUGCCCUGCUGGGCGCAGGCCGCCCUGGGCUACCCGGUGUCCCGCAGCAUUGGGCGUUUAUUGCCUCCAGAAGUCAGUGUUUCUCCUACUAAACCAUGUGGAAAAGGCAGCAAGAGAAAACUUGAUGAGCUUGACGACAACGAGAAGGAACCAUUCUGGAUGGCUGAGCUUUCUGGAAAACUUCCAGAUGAGGACUCGAAUGAUCCUGACUAUGAGACCUCCACAGAAGAGACAGACAGUGAGGAGUUCGCCUCAAAAAAUGAUACAGAAAGUGAUCUUGAGAUUUCAGAAAAGGGUGUCUUUAUUGAGGACGUGAACACGGGUGUUGCUGUGUCCAGGCCUUCUGAGGGGUCUUGAGCUGUUUAAUCUUUUCAUGUUUUUUUUUUUUUUUUU